GUUUCCGGUGUGACUGGCCGCUGUCGGCUCACUUGCGGCGGCAGCAGCGGCGGCGGCAGCGGGAUGUCUCAUGGCAGAGCGGCGGAGCAGCGGAGCAGCAACACACGGUCCGAGAAGUCAGAGUAAAAGUCUCCGUGGAUUUACAACCUUCCCUCGAGCCGUCGUUGACGUGAAACAGCGGCCGGUUCCCGGACACGGUGAGGAUUACUCGGUGUAGUUACUUGUGCUGGUUCCGUUGCGACCACACCCUCCCCGCUUCCUCAUAGUACAGCAGCGGGAGCGCGCAGCUCGGCUUUGAAUCUCCGGGAAUAACGGCCGCUGCUUCCCGGCUGCGCGGACGGUACGUGGGGACACUUUUCAAAAAAGACCGCCCGCUUGGUAUGGAUGUGACAAGCGGGUCCCCACAGAGGAUAUGCGGGGCUACACGACCUCUGGUCCCGAGUUAAGACGCGGAGGAGCAGCAGGAGGAGGAGGAGGGCGGACAGACAGAUGGAGUCGGAGCGACCGGAGCAACUGCUAGCUUCAAACCCGGGGCUGUGUCUGAAGAAGAAGAGGUUGAAAGUGGACCGAGUUGGAAAGUCGUCCUGUUUGUUUUUAUUUUAAAAAAAAACUCAUGAAAUGAUGGUGCUGGAAGGAAAACACGCUGUCCAGAAGAAGAAGAAGAGCUGUCCGGGUGGUGCCCUGUUGUUUGUCCCGAGCAUGAGUCCUCCAGGCCGGCCACACUCAUCGGGAACGAGUCGGACAAGGUCUCGGUUCUGUUUCAGGAUACUGGCUGUGAUGCGAGUGGACACAAAAUGAUAUCUUUAAAAAAAGAAAAAAGGCACCUAACGCUACAGAUGUGUUUGGAAACAUAAGGAGCUUUGACAUUAUUAUUAUUUUUAUUUUUAAUUUUUGUUUAUUCUCAAUCUGCACUUUGCCUUUUUUUACAGGCUCCUGGGUGGCACUGCAGUUUGUGUGUGAUUUUCUUUUUUUAACUCAACAACAAUCUGUGAAUUCUUCUUCUGGGACUACAAUGAGAAUAUUUUAAGACUUUUUUUUUUUGUUUUGUUUGGAUGGUGGUGUUCAGGGCAUUUAAAUUAACAAAAUAAGAGCUUGUUACACUGAUUACUCAGAAGUUGGCGGGGUGGGUGGUUGGGCUUUAAUUGACUGUGUUACAUUGUAAAAUUACUAAUAACCCAACUUGGAAUAUGCCAGAUCAUUAUCGAGACUUGUUGUAAUAUACUUUAAAGACACGUGGAUCGAUGUUAUUCAAACGUGAGUAAGUUUUUUCCCAUGUUUACAUCGAUGAAUACACGUCCUGUGUGUCGGCAUAUGAUGUACAGUUGAUGCUUUACUCUGAAGGAAUUUAAAGAAGACUGUCUGGCCAGUUUGUUAUUUAAAAAAAGAGUUUGCGAGGUGAGGCUUCUUGGGGGACUCGUGGAAAUGUCUUAAAACAGUAACAAUGCAGCAGCAGCAGCAAAAAACUAAAAAGUAACUGAACCCCUCCAGAAGAGUUUGACCCUCCCUACCCCGACCCGACCCUCCCUACCCCACCACCGCCACCCCGCCACUCUCCUCCUUAUUAUGGCUAGUGGUGGUUCUGGCAAAUCGGCUAGCGAGGGAUCAACCAGCGCACCCACCGGCAGUCUGCAGCAGAGGAAACGUCUCUCCUCCAUCUGUGACACGUGCAAGAGCAAGAUGCAGCUGGUGGCCGACCUCCUCCUGCUGUCCAGCGAGACCAGACCGGUCAUGACCUCGGAGGGCGUGGCGGUGGCCGACACCUUCGACCAAUGCCGCGACACGGUCAUCGCCAGGACCAAAGAGCUGUCCAUCCUCACCCACGACAUCCAGAGCCAGCUCAACAUGGGCCGCUUCACCGAGGUGGGGGACCGCCUCCUGGAGAUGGCCGACCUGGUGGUGUCUUUGACCGAGUGCUCAGCCCACGCCGCUUACCUGGCGGCCGUGGAGACCCCCGGUGCUCAGCCCUGCCUGCCAGGUCUGGUGGACCGCUACAAGGUGACCCGCUGCCGGCACGAAGUGGAGCAGAGCUGCGGCCUCCUCCGGAUCACGCCCCUGCCGGACCUCACCCCCCAGCUCCUUCUCGAGCUCUCCCAGAACAUCUCCACCAACCUGAAGAACCUGACGGACAUCUCGUCGCUGGCUAGCGAGAGGUCCAGGGACCGCUUCGCGAAAGAGCAGUUCAAACUGAGCGUCAAGAGCAUGAGCACGAGCGGCACCGCCUUCUUGGCGUGUGUCAAAGAGGUGAAAACCCAGCCCAGCGAGCUGACCCGGAACCGCUGCGUCCUGUUUAGCGCCGCUCUGGUGCAGGCCGUCAGCGCCCUGGUCGGCUUCGCCACAGAGCCUCAGUUCCUGGGAAGAGCUGCGAGUAUCUCCACUGAAGGGAAGGGGGUACAGACUGCAGUGUUAGGGGGUGCCAUGAGUGUGGUUUCAGCCUGUGUCCUCCUCACUCAGGGCCUCAGGGAUGUCGCACAGCAUCCCGAGAGUAGCUCCAAAAUGGCAGACUACCGCGAGCGCCUGCGUAACUCGGCGUGCGCCGUGUCGGACGGCUGCACUCUGCUCACUCAGGCACUCCGAGAACGCUCCUCUCCACGGACUCUGCCGCCAGUCAACUCUCAUUCUGUGAAUUAGUUUAGGAAGAGGCAGCAUGAGCUCCAGUCCCCCCUCGUCCUUAUUCUGACGUACCAAAGAGACUCACUUGGGUUGUCCCUGUUCAAUCAGGUUUCGAGUCAGAGUAACAUCACAAGUCGGGGCUUGUCUGUGGGGUCCGUUCAGGUUGACGUGCGUUUAGAGGAGCACGACAACCCGGCCAUGGGGGUUUCGUGUCGUGCUGGAUGCGACCGAAACCUUUUUUUGUUAGAACCUGACCACUUGAGUGCCGUGGCCUUCGACCCGGACCCUGGCUUGACAGCCCCGCUCUCACCAACAGACCUGAAAAGUUUACCUCAGUUUUCAGCUCCGGUGAAAACACCAGCCGAGAUGAUGGAUGUAGCCUCGCUGUGUGAACCUAUGGUUGGCUGACCUACUCGAUUACAUGUGCUUUGUGAGAUUGGAAAGAGUGAUCCGAGUGUCUCCAUGCUUUUGUUUUUGUUUUUUUUUUCAACGUGUGAAUUCUUCUUUGGUAAAAGCUGCUGUGAGUGUGUGCCAUAGGUUUUACACUAUUUACCAGACUUCCUAUAGUAUUUUAAAGUGUUUUGAUCAUGCAUGUAAUGGAGUAUUUAUUUCAAUUAUUAAAAUGUUGUUUCUGAUUUCCUGUUUGUCGGGUCGAGGCGCUUUGAUGAAAUGAUUGAAAUGUUCCGUGAGCUCUGCUGUGUUUCGCUUGAUCUGUCCGGUCUGAGACUUCUGCUUCCACCCUGAUGAACUUUGUCACAUUCAUAGCAUUAAAAAAAAGAUACAUUUAAAAUAA